AUGGGGGGAAGGAUUGAAAAGAAAACCCUAACGAAAGAAUUAACCCAAUUAUUCAUAAGCAUGAAUCUAAAUAUGAACAUGGAGCCUCUGGCCGAAGUUGACGGUUUCGAACCUCAGACUCGUGCGCGUUCAAACACGUGGCCUCUACCGCGACCGGAAAAUUAUGUUGAGCCAACUGAUGAGACGGGCAACAAGUGUUCUGGGUUGCCGGCACCAUUGUCCUCCUCUGGAGUACCUACAAAAAAGAACUCUAGCCGACGAAACGCAUGGGGAAAUUUAAGUUACGCCGAUCUUAUUACACAAGCGAUUACAACUUCUCCGGACAAACGAUUGACACUUUCGCAGAUCUAUGAAUGGAUGGUCCAAAACGUUCCCUACUUUAAGGAUAAAGGUGACAGCAACAGCUCGGCAGGUUGGAAGAUUGCCAUGGCGAAAAAAAAAUCAAUAAAUGCUGCUGAUGAGAAGCGGAGAGAACAAGUGAGACUUAAUAUGAAACGAAUGAGAGAACGGAUAAAAGGAGAUGCUGCUAAACAUGAAGAAUAUAAAAGGAAAGAACGGGAGCGAUAUAAUCAAAGAAAAGAAAGUGGAAAAAUUAAAUCUAUCUCGGACAUGAGUGAGACGCAAAAAGAUUUUGCCGAUGAACUUUGUAAAUCCAUGUGCUGUAAUAAUGAACUUAAAGAAGAAUGCUUAUCUAGAAUAUGUGAAAAUUGUAAAAAUAUUGAAUUAGAUGUAAAUGAGUAUGACUCCAACUUACAAAUAACGUACAAAUCUUGGUAUGUCAAAAAAGAAAAAGUUAUCAUAAAAAAUAAAGAAAAAAAUUGCCAAAAAACAAAUAAAGAUAAAAUUACAACGUGCGGCGAACUGGUAGCUAGUCUAAAACAAAAUAUACCUAAAUAUAUGCUACACUUCAGAAACAUAAUUCAUCAGUAUAAUUUUUUUAACAAAAUUAAAACUGACUUGACAAACGACACUGUAAUAAUUCAUAUGGAUUUUUCAGAAAAUUACCAGUGCAAAUAUUCUCAGGAGGUACAAUCUGCUCAUUUUGGCGGCUCUAAACCACAAGUAUCAUUACAUACUGUGGUAAUUUACUACCUAUGUCCAGAAUCAAACUCUGUCCGUCCUAUAAGUUGUUGCUCGAUAUCUGAUAACUUAAGACAUGAUUCUAUUGCGAUAUAUGCACAUUUGCAACCUAUAUUUACUAAAGUGCGUCAGUUGGUUCCACAUGUGAAAAUUGUACACUUUCAAAGUGAUGGUCCUUCAACACAGUACAGAAACAAGAAAAUGUUUAACAUUCUGGCGAAUCAUAUUUCCAAGGACCUCAAAGCUGAAAAAGUAUACUGGCAUUUUAGCGAAUCUGGUCACGGAAAAGGAGCUCCAGACGGUAUAGGGGCAGCAGUGAAGCAACUGGCAGACGCAUUAGUCGCUAGGGGAUCAGAUAUUCCGAACUUUGAGUCUCUGGUUGAUAUUCUAGCGGUACACAAGAAAAAAAUACAGAUUUAUCCGGCCACUGCCAAAAAUAUAUCUGAUUUUGACAACAUAGUACCAGAUACUAUAAGACCUUUCAAAGAAACGUUUGGUGCGGUACCUUUGGCGAACGGCAUUAAAUGGUGA